UCAACGACGUUGGUUGCUUGUCGAUCCAAAACAACGAAUCUAACCGAAAUAAAGUCCAAGACUCUGCCCUAAUAAUACUCAGAUUUUUGUCAAUUUUUUUUUUGUGUUCUUAUUUGAUUAAAGUGCGCUCUAUCCUAGAGGAUUCAGUGAUCCUGAAAGUGAAACAUCCCCAAAGAACUGCCAGAACUCGCAGAUACCUUUGGAUAUUGGGAGGCGUAUUUGAAUAUAUUCGGCAGUCGAUGCCUUUAACGCCAAUUAGCAUUUAACUCGGAACAUACAUAGAAGCCCAUUCAGAAGAGUAGCCGCAUUUUCGUUGAGUGUGCCCGCGUCGCACAUUCCGGCCAGAAGAUGGCGCUGCGCCUGCGUCGGGACGUCCAGAAGGCCUCCUACUAUGUCUGGUUCCUGGGUGCUGAGGAGGCAAAGGGACUGCGGGGUGCCCGGGUGAUAAACUCGGUGCUGCCCUACCUUGUCGACCGAUCCCGGGGCCAGGAGCCUCUCAAGGUCACCCUCCAGGUGUCCCACAAGGGCAUCAAGAUCGUCCAGGGGGCCUCGAAACACCUAAUCCCCCAUAGUGCCAUAACCAGCUCCGUGCAGACGGACGACAUCGUCGCCUGCGUCCUGCUCCUCUACAAUCCGGCCACCAAGUGCCCGCUCCACGUCCACGCCUACCGCUGCGACUCGGAGACCACGGCGGAGGCGUUGCACCUACAGCUGCAGAUCCUCAUCAACCGACCGGACAACCAGAAGCGCUUCGAGGAGCUGGAGACCAGAUUGGGGAUCCUUCCACCGAUUCCCAUGAACUCCAGCAAUAGUCACGGGGGGGACAAGCGGCACGAAUCAAAUGGAAAGUCGUCCGGAGGAGGACCCUCGUCUCACCACCACCAACUGCAGUCACAACAGAGCGGCGGAGGAGAGUCUGCCCGCGGCGGUGGAGCAGGUGGCUACCAGGGAAGGCGUCACGACACAUCUUCGCCCAAGCGCUUCAGCAGCUCAUUGGGAAGCGACACGGGAAACAGCACACGGGAGUCGGAGUGCAGUGACGGACAGGAGCAGGGUCUGGCCGGAGGAUCCUCCCCCGUAUCCCGUUCCCCGCCACACGGCAAGCCCCAGAGCCACGCCAACUCGCACGGACACGGACACCCACUGCUGCACCAUCCGCCCCUGACGCCACAGCAGAACAGCGACCUUUUCGAUUCCCUGGCCGCCGAGCUGAGGGCAAAAUUGAACGGAAACGGACCGCCCUUGCUGCUGCCGCCUCGGGACUACGACACGGUGCACCGCUCCAAGGGGAAUCUCACAGCCAUUGAGCUGCGGAGGUGUCGGAACGCCCUUAUCGUAGGUGGAGCUCCCAAGCCGGGUCAACCUGGACAUCCGGGCGUGGUAAAUCCCGGUGGAGGACCAGCUGGCGGAGUCGCCACGGGAGGAGCUGCUGCUGCGAAUGCCAACGGCAAGCAGGUCUCCUCGCGGGGAUCUUCGGGCAUUGGCUCUGAUCUGGCACCCAGCCCGGAGCGCCAGGAACUCAAUAGCUCCAGCGAUGACGAGCACUGGUCGAACGAGGCGGACAACUCGGUCAUUGCCCUGAAGCCUUCGCAGAUCGCCAUGCCCCACCAUGGGCAGCUAAAACGGAAGAGUGCCGUACAGCCUCCGGAGGACAGCUACCUGAGGGACCUGCCCGCCAAACCGUAUCAGCCACGACAGACCGACAGGGAGCGGGAGAUCGAGCGGGAGAGGGAGCGAGAAAAGGAAAGGGAGAGGGAAAGAGAACGAGAUCGAGAACGCGAGCGGGAACGGGAACGGGAGCGUGAACGGGACCGGGACCGGACCAAAACACCAGCAUCCAUUUCAAACAAGUCCUGGAAUCGCGAGGACGAGAUCAAACCCAUCAUAAUGCGCCCGGCCGACUACGAUGCAAAGUUCAACCGGGUUCUGCAGCAAGAGCAGCACCAGCACUCCGGACUAACCUCCGGCAAGCUGCGGGACACGGACAAGUACAACGAGAUCAACCGGCUGCUGAACAAGAAGCUGUCCCACGAACGGGAGCGCAAGUCCCGCUCCCGCCUGGACGAUCCACUCGACGACUUCGAAGACUCUGAUCCGGAGCAGCUCCAGCCGAGCUCCUUGCACAGCCACGGUCUGGGACACGGCCACCACGGGCAGCUGGGCCACCGAAAGGAGAACCUCACCGACAAGCAGAAGUUCCUGGAGUACACCUCCAAGAAGCAGCAGCUGCUGAAGAACUACAGCGCUGAUUCUCCGGACGGGCAGAGGUACCGCCAACGUUACGCCGAGCCAGAGGAACCAGCUCCUCCGCCGCCACUGGCCGCGGGCCACAACAAAUACGCCGCCGUGCAUCGGGGCACGGAUUUGGGCCAGAGGACCACCGAGAGGAGGCACGCGGACAGGGAAAGGGAACGGGAGCGGGAGCGCGACAGGGACCGUGAGCAGUCACGGGACCGUAAUCCCUACCGGGAGGCGGAGAGUCUCCCGUAUAUCCAGUCCAUGGAAAAGAUGAUGAAGUCAACGGGAAUGCGCUACGGCGAGGGAACUCCCAAGACCCGGGAAAGGGAGCGCGAGAGAGAGAGGGAGCGCGAGUUUGCACCUCCACCCUCUCAGGUCUCCCAGAGAGACCGCUUCCACGACGCCAAGGACAAGUUCCGAGCCAUGGAGCAGCGACCGCCUGUCAACCGCUACCCGGACGUGGAAGAGCGGGAAGUCCACAGUCGGGACCCCUACAGGUCCUCCUCCCGCAGGCGGCGGGGCUCAAUGGAGCCGCCGAACGCCUACGAGCAGUGGAGCCAGGGCGAGGAGGAGGAGGAGGAAGUGGUGGGCCACGCCGACGUGGCCCCCAGUCGGUCAAGGGCGAGGUCGCGCGGCGAAUGGGAGCCCGAGCCUCAGCCGACACAGUCCACGCGGCACCUGGAUAGGAGUCACCAUGACAGAGACAGGGAGCGCGAGAGGGACAGGGACUACAAGCGUGAGCACUCCCGAGAUCCUUAUCGCCGCGACAGAGAACGAGAGCGAGAGCGCGAGAGGGAAAGGGAACGAGAGCGGGAACGUGAACGAGAACGUGAACGGGAGCGGGAACGAGAUCGGGAUCGCGGACGCGGCCACUCCCGGGAAUACGUGGAAACGAAGAGCUCCGGCCACCUGGAGCGCUACCCCUCCCCGGCUGGUGCAGGCCCAGGCCCAAAACCCUCGAGGCCUCCGGUGGGGGACUCCGGAGCGAGCAAUCCCGGAAAACAGCAGCUUAACAGCAUGCCGAAGGGCUACAGACACAGCUACGCGGAGCCGGUGUUUGCCAGAUCCGGAGGACGAGUGGGUCUGGCUGCCGUUAACCCCUACUAACAGGGGGAGGCACACCAUAGCAUACAUAUACUAAUAUAAAGCCGUGCAAGGAAACCGGAGUGGCAGAAAUAUUUAAAGAUUCUAAAACUCUCAGAUCACAGAUAUGCUCGUCAGGAUCCAACACGACUAAGCCGAAUCGAGAAGUGCUCAAAAAAUAUAUAGUUCUUAAAGUCUAGGAUUGUAGGACUAGAAGGGAGAGAGGUUUCUGCCACACGCCAAAUAACCAACGAAGAUAUUUAGGCUAAGGGACCACAGUGGCAACUGCCUAUGACGACUCUACACAUACUCAAUUGCCGUAGCAACAAGUUCCAUUAUGGAACUACUAUACGUUCUAUACGUAUCCCCUCCCCCGACCAAUUAUGCGCCUUAAAUGGGGGCCGUUGGGGAUGCCAGUCCGGCGCCAGCCCCUGUACUUAUGUGCCUUCAGAGAAAUCGUGUUUAUAGGACUAUAUCUUAUUGUAUAUGAUGAUUCCAACGAAAACUCGGAACUUACCUGCUUUUUUGUAUUUUUUUUCUUUAAUAUCCAAAGUGGCGCGGUUGGUAGGUACUUAAUACUUUUUUUUUUUUUUGCUAUGCAGUUCACAUAUGUCGCGAUAUCUGAUAUCUGUAAACAUAAAUAUAGUUAAAUAAAUGAACUGUAAACAUAUACAUAGCUGAUGUAUCUAUUGUUAUCAAUUUGAUAUUUGCAUUAAUAAAGCGCUAGAAAAAAAUAA